AUGACAACAAGUCACAAGGCUUUUGUUAAUGGCUGUGGGAUUGACUCUUCAUUUGCCCAAACCCCGUUAAGAGAGGCCCAUCACGUUUGUCUACAGGUCCAGGUUGACCUGUUUUGUAAUGUACGUCAGAGUGUGCUGGUGGCAAAAAAUGAACAAAUGAAGCUAAAGGUAGUCUACCUGGCAGAUGUCAAGGAGUUAGUUGGUCUGGUAGUUUCAGAUGCAAUAAGCAGCACAACAACAACAACAGCAACAACAAAAUAUAUUGUCUGGCCAGAGCUAAAUUGUCUCAUAUGCAUCAGCUUGAAGAAUCCUAAGUUCUGCAAGCAGCCCUUUUCUGCUGUCCUUGGUGAGAUAGACAAGUAUGCCAAUAUGAAGGGGAACUUUCUGGUGAUAGAUAAUGCACCCAUCCACCAGAAUGCAGAUAUCAGUCACUAUAUCUCCUCUAGGAGAUACAAUUAG